UUGUUAUUUACUAUGUAGCAUUUAUUUGCCAAAUUGGCUCUUCUAAAGUAAUAAAUUAUGAAAUUUUAUUAAUUUCUAUGAUUUGAUUACGACAUAUACUCUAUUAAUUUCUAAGAACAUUUAUGGUGCUUCCAUGCAUGUUGUUUUAAAGCAGGGAAUGAUUUGAAAAAAAAGGUGAUAAAGAGACGUAAUUUAGCGUUGAGGAGACAAUGCGUGCAGGAUAUAAACAAGCUCGGCUUCUGGGAUCGAAUAAAUGAGAGGAAGCAACUGUGGAUUGACAGGAUGGGCUUGGGGUAUCGGAUCCUUGAGGCGCUAGACGAAGUGAAUUGUGGAUAUUGGUGCGAAGACUCCCCUUUUCGCUAUUGCACUAGUCGUAUGCCUCUGGACACAAGUUCUACUUUUGCAUGACUCCCAGAUACAUGAAAUUAUGAGAAAACCUUGGCCACUAAUGUUUGAGGCUGCAAAACAAGGAAACUUGCUGUUUCUAAAGACAAUUUGGCAGACAUAUCCUGAUAUGAUGUUUGAAGUAGACGAAGAUCAUUGCAGCAUAUUUCAUGUUGCUGUUACGUAUCGUCACUACAUAAUUUUCAGUUUUAUUAAUAAAAAAGGUCCAUUGCAGAAGGAUUUGAUAGUCCAGAAAACAGAUAAAGAAGGGAACAACAUAUUGCAUCUGGCUGCAAAGUUGCCACCAGAAGAUAGUUCCAUUACUAAAUCAGGUGGACCAGCUGACCAGAUGAAGGUAGAGCUGUUGUGGUUCAAGGAAGUGAAGAGAAUUUUGCAUCCAGUGGAUGCUGAAGCUCCAAAUAAAAAAGGCAAAACUGCUAGAGCUUUAUUUACUGAAGAGCAUAAAGAUUUGAGGGAUAAAGCUGAGAAAUGGACUAAGGAGAUUGCAAACGCAGGCAUCGUGGCGGCAACACUUAUUGCCACCGUGGCUUUCACAGCAGCUUUAACAGUACCAGGUGGCACCGAAGAAGACACCGGGACUCCACAUUUUGUUCAAAGAGCUUCCUUCAUAAUUUUUGCAAUAUCAGAUGCUGCAGCGUUAUUAUUUUCCUCUUUAUCCAUAGUAAGGUUCAUUUCCGCUUUCUCUUCCCAAUAUGAAGAAGCAGAUUUCGACUCAGACUUGUCUCCUGUGUUAAACGGAUUAGAAUCACUAUUCCUUUCAGUAGUGUUUAUGAUGGUAGGGUUUUGUGCAAAUAUGUUCAUUGUCUUCAAAGAUGGCAUGCUAUGGAUUCCUAUACUUAUUACGGCAAUGACUGCCUUCGCAAGCAUCAUAAUCUACAAAAUAUAUAAAACUGCCUCCGCAGAGUGCGCGCUUUUGACCUCUGAAAUUAGAGCAACAGAAAUCGUAACGUCAUGUUUAUUUAAGUAGUUGAUGUUAUGUAAUAAACGAUCAAUCAUUAUGACGCGAAUUCCCUUGUUUACUUUAUUAUGCCAUGAUUUUAUGUAAUAAACGAUCUGUCUUGUUUACUUUAUUAUGUAAUAAUCAGUGUCACUUUUUAUUUUA